AUGGCCCUCGCUCCCGUCGCUCGUCCCGAGUCUGCUUCUACUCUUGACGAAUCCCGCCCGCUUCUCGCAGGAAGCGACGGCGGCGUGGUGACUGUGAAUGAGAAUGAGAACGGCGAUGCUCCAGUCGCCGUCCACGGCUGCCUUGAGGCGCACAAGGCAAAGCCCAGGGUGACUCCCAUCCCCGUCGGCCAGCUGCUCGCCCUCUGCAUUGUCCGCCUGGCGGAUCCGAUCGUGUUCACCCAGCUGUUCCCUUAUGUGAAUGAGUUUAUGAGCGAUCUGCAUGUUACUGACGACCCGUCGAGGAUUGGGUUCUACUCUGGUCUUGUCGAGAGCGCCUUUGCCAUCUCACAGCUGUGCUCCAUCUACCAGUGGGCCCGCAUCUCUGACGUCGUGGGCCGCAAGCCAGUGAUCAUUGUAGGCAUCCUGGGCAUCGUGUGCACGACGCUCGUCUUCGGUCUCUCCACGUCGAUCGUGACGGUCCUCGUCUCACGGUGCCUCGGGGGGCUGUUCUCUGGCAACAUCGCCGUCGUGCACUCUGUUCUCGGCGAGCUCACGGACUCGACGAACCAGGCGACGGCGUUCCCUAUCUACGGCCUCAUGUGGCCCGUUGGCUCGAUUAUUGGCCCCUUGAUUGGUGGCACAUUCUCCCACCCUGCGGACAAGUUCCCCGCGCUGUUCGGCGGCGAUCUCUGGAAGACACACCCUUACUUCCUGCCAUGCCUCAUCUCCUCCGUUAUCGCUGUCGCCGGUGCCUUCUUGGGCUAUGUUUUCCUCGAGGAGACACUUCCAAGCAAACGCAAGCCUAAGAAGACGGAAAAGGACUUGCUCCCCGCCCCUGCUGACCCCGAGAACGUAAAGGCGCUCGGGGCGGCCAAGCUCUUACACGUGCCCGCCAUCUGGACGCUGUCCAGCUCGGGCUUUGCGCUGAGUUACUUGGCAGCGUCGUUUGAUGUUGUCUUUGUCCUUUUCUCUUACUCGGAUAUCGAGACGGGUGGGCUGGCGUUCACGGCUGCUGAGAUCGGCUACUGCCUCGCCACCUCGGGCACGAUCGCUGCGCUCAUCCAGGUCCUCCUGAUGCCGUACUUGCUGCGCACGUUUGACUGUGCGCGCAUGUACUCGUUCUGCAUGAACAUGUGGCCCAUUGCGUUUAUGCUCCUCCCCACGCUCAACCUCAUCGCGCGCGCGGGCAUGGAAACCGGCGCCGGUUUCGUGGAGGCAGGCGGGGACGUUGUCACGUCGGAAACCCGCGCGCUGCUCUGGGUGGGCGUCGCGGUCGUAUUGGGCCUGGCCAAGGUCGGCUGUGUCGCGUUUGGGCUCUCGAUGAUCCUCAUCAAGGACAACUCUCCAAACGCGGCCUCGCUCGGGCAGUGCAACGGCAUCGUGCAGUUCGCGAUGUGCUUUGCGCGCUCGUUCGCGCCCUUCCUCGUCUCGUCGCUCUUUGCGCUCUCGGUCGACAACAAUUUGCUCGGCGGCUACCUCUGGGUCGUCGUCAUGGUCGUCGUGUCUCUCGGCGGCGCCCGCGUGUCGCGCAGGAUCGCUAUGAACACCAAGCGCGCGACCUAA